UAUCGCUCAUUACCAAAUCACCACAAGUAAACAAAAAAAUAUUUAGCUCUGCAUUGUCUCGCUGCUGCUUGGAAAUGGCUGAGAAUAUCUUCCUGUUCAUCCCCAACCUCAUAGGCUACGCACGAGUGGUGUUGGGGAUCAUCUCCUUCUACUACAUGCCCUUUGACCCCAUCAAGGCCUCCAUAUGCUACCUACUCAGUGGACUAUUGGAUGCAUUUGAUGGAUGGGCAGCACGAAGGUUCAACCAAGGUACUAGUUUUGGCGCAGUGUUGGAUAUGGUUACAGACAGAUGUGCCACCACUUGCCUCCUGAUGACACUCUGCCUGUUCUACCCCUCCUGGAUGCUAGUCUGGCAAUGUAUAGUGGCCCUUGAUAUAUCCAGUCAUUGGAUUCAGAUGUACAGUGCCCUAGUGGUGGGGGACACCAGCCAUAAAGUCACUGAUCUCACAGCCAACCCCAUCAUGAGAUAUUACUACAAACGACCUAUUCUGUUCACAUUCUGUGCGGCUAAUGAGCUCUUCUUUGCAUCUCUCUACAUGCUCUACUUCACACCUGGCCCCACACUCACUGUGUUCGGCUAUGAGGUGGGGGCGUGGUAUCUGGUUGCUAUAGUGACGUUCCCCGUGUCAUUCCUGAAGCAAGUAGUGUCUGUGGUUCAACUGAUUGUGGCCAGUCAGAAUAUUGGAGUGUUGGACGCUAACAGCAGGGCCAACAAGGAACACAAGCAAUGAACAUUCAUUAAUUUUAGUAUAAUUUUUAUUAUAAUUAUUUUAGGAAUUCUUGUUAUAGCAAUCUUCAUAAUAAUCUUCAUAAUACAAAACUGAUGUUGUAUAAAGUUUAUUGUGAACUGA